GCGGCGCGCAGGUGACCGGCCUGCGGCGCAGCCCGGUCUGGUCACGGGGACGCCUGGAGAGAGCUGGCGGGAGACCGUGGCCGAUCCGCCCCCAGCGGAUGAGCGCGCGUCUCGGCGCCAGGAGCCGUCCCGGGGCGCGUUGGCGAGCGCUGAUAUAGAUAUAAGGACAUUUCUCUCCAUGGCGUCACGUGACAUAAUUACCACCAGAAUCAAUCAAGAUGAAUUGCACGUCAGCGCCCGGUGGGGAUUUUUGCUUAGUUGAUCCUGGCCCAAGCCUCUUGUGCAAUCGAUGGCUCAGGUUGGCGGCGCGGGGAGCGGCCCGGGGCUGGCCGGCGUGCACGCCGCGGAGCCAUGAACGACUUUGACGAGUGCGGCCCGAGCGCAGCCAGCAUGUACCUGCCGGGCUGCGCCUACUACGUGGCCCCGUCGGACUUCGCCAGCAAGCCGUCGUUCCUCCCGCAGCCUUCCUCCUGCCAGAUGACUUUCCCCUACUCCUCCAACCUGGCGCCGCACGUCCAGCCCGUGCGCGAGGUGGCCUUCCGCGACUACGGCCUGGAGCGCGCCAAGUGGCCGUACCACCGUGGCGGCGGCGGCGGCGGCGGCGGUGGCGGCGGCGGGGCUGGGGGCGGCCCCGGCGGCGGGGGAGGCCCCGGCGGGGGCGGCGGCGGAGGCGCGGGGGGCUACGCGCCCUACUACGCGGCGGCAGCAGCGGCGGCGGCGGCAGCGGCGGCGGCGGCCGAAGAAGCGGCCAUGCAACGGGAGCUGCUCCCUCCCGCCUCCGGCCGCCGGCCAGACGUGCUCUUCAAGGCCCCCGAGCCCGUGUGCGCCGCUCCGGGACCACCGCACGGUCCCGCGGGCGCCGCCUCCAACUUCUACAGCGCCGUGGGCCGUAACGGUAUCCUGCCCCAGGGCUUCGACCAGUUCUACGAGGCGGCGCCGGGACCCCCGUUCGCCGGCCCGCAACCCCCGCCGCCACCGCUGCCCGCGCAGCCCCAGCCCGAGGGCGCCGCUGAUAAGGGAGACCCCAAGUCCAGCGCCGGGGGCGGCGGCGGGGGCAGCCCUUGUGCCAAGACGACUCCAGGCUCGGAGGCCAAGGGGGCGGCGGCCGAAGGUGGCGGCGACGGCGGCGAGGGCCCCCCGGGGGAGGCGGGGGCCGAGAAGAGCGGCGGCACAGUGCCCCCCCAGAGGUCCCGGAAAAAGCGCUGUCCCUACACCAAGUACCAGAUCCGUGAACUGGAACGCGAGUUUUUCUUUAACGUAUACAUAAACAAAGAAAAAAGACUCCAACUCUCUCGGAUGCUCAAUCUCACUGACCGGCAAGUCAAAAUCUGGUUCCAGAAUCGCAGGAUGAAAGAAAAGAAACUGAACAGAGACCGUCUGCAGUAUUUCACUGGAAACCCCUUAUUUUGAGAGCUCCAGGAAGCGCCCCCUUCCCCGAGCCCCACUCACCCACCCUCCUCCCCAACAGCCUGCCCUCCGCAGGCCCAAUGUCCUUGGGCCUCUUCUCUGUGGAACUUCUUGAUUCCUUCCCACGGUCAACUCGGGACCUCCCAGCGACCACUGCAGCCUGAGGACGAGGCCGGGGACUUGGCCAAGCGGAUCCUAAUAAGGGGAAAAUGGUAAAUGCAAACGUCCCUUUACAAUUUUACCGCCAAUGUGCUGUUGUUUUUCCUCUCCCCUCCCUCCGAGUCCUCGUGGGGACGCAGCGGGGAUCUGCAGGGAGUUAGGCCACGGGGCUAGAAGGCGCUGGUGUUUUAUUCUGAGUUUAAGAGACCCCUUUCUCUCCCCCCACCCCAAUGAAUGCAGAUUAUUUAAACUAUGGGAAAUGUACCUUUGGGCAUGAGUCACUGUCUUUUUGUGUGUGAAUAAAUGGUUUCUAGUAAAAUGGAGGUUAUAGCUUCAA